AAAAUAGUAACUUAAUAACAGUACCGUUUUCAAAGCGAUGUAGAAGAGAUUAUUCCGAUAGCAAAAAGCAAAAUUCAACCAAUAGUCGUCCCAUCAACUCUGGCGUUCAAUCCCAGGGGGCCGGCAGCGGUAACGUUCGUAUCCAGACAACGCCUAUUCCGGUGAUGCUGUCAACGACUACGACCACGACCACCACCACCACGGCCGCGCCCUUAAGUCUGGAGGAGACAUCUCCGUUGGCUGCCCUGUUGAAUGGUAAUUCCGUCCAGCAUUCCGCUUCCGAAGCCGACAACAGUCUGGAGUCUCGCAGCGAUGAAGAGGCCCUGCUGGAGGAGGAAGAGGAGCAUGAAGACGACGAAGAGCACGACGGGGACGACGAGGACGAAUCGGAGGGACGUUCCCAGCAGGACGAAGAGCUCGAAGCCAUUGAGGAGCACCAGCAGCAGGAAGCACAUGCCGCCAUCCAGCAGCAGCACCAGCAAGCCCAGCAUGACAUUCCCGUGGAGCAAAAGCUGAAGCAGAUUACGCGCGAAAUUGAAGAAAUGUCCCACUCUGACCGGGACGUGGACAACGGCCGCCAAAGCUUCCUCUCGCUGUCCGACCUCAUUAAGAACAUCCGCCCGGCGGAGAAGGUCGUCCCGCAGAUCGAUUCGUCCUAUGCGAACACGAUGCGCGUCCUCGGGGAAACCAUCACCCAUGGCGAAAGCCGAUCGGCAAAAAUCUGAAACCAUAUCGCACAAUUCAUCACCAUCCAUGAUGCACACAGUUUCAUACACACCACCACCACCACUACAGACAAGCAGACGUAAAUCAUCGAGCCAACUGUCAAACGCGCGUAAAUGAGCUGUGGUGAAUACAACUUCACCGUGGUGAGUGUCUUUAAAUGUAGAUUUACGUCUGUUUAUCUGUGCCUCAUCAUCACUCAUCGUAGCCGCUAGGACCUAGAUAUUAGUGCCCCCCUCACCACCAUCAUACCCCCCCCCCCCCACCCCAUUUCAACCUGUCCCAUCCGCCGCCGGAAGCAGCCAACAUCGCGCGCAUUGGGUUGUGUGUGUGUUUUCCGUGGGACAACACGUGGGACGUGGCUUUGCUAUGUUCGCGGUAGUCGGGUGCAAUCCUAGCGGCGCGCACGUGUCCGAUUUCACCCCACUACGCAACUAGUAACUCUCUUCCCUCCCCCCACCCUCCCAGUUGUAACGCCAGCUGUAGCCACGUGAACUUCUCGAAAACACACACCGCCCACCCCAGUGACGGGUCUUCGGCGGACCUAACCUUUCGUUCCGAAUCGUUUUGAUCUUACCUGACCUUUUAUCAUUGCCAUUCGCCAUUGCAUUUCAUUUCGUUCAAUCAUUCAGAGAAGGCAUUUCAUUGCAUGCAUUUUUCUGGUUCAUUUCAUUUGAGCAUAUAAAAAUAAAAUCCAACGAAGUGAAAUCUUUACUGCAAGAAGAAGAAGAAGGAAAAAAACUAGAUUUAAAUGCAAUUUUGUGACGCAAGAGAAAGAUUAGACUGUAUUUUGAAAAAAAAAACUUUCAACCUACUUUUUUUGUAGUUAUUAAAACAACUCUUGGGUUUGAACGAAGAGUGCAACACUAAGAGAAUCCCCUUAAGGACAGUGAUACGGACUAGGCAGAUGUAUCGUUUUAUGAAAACAACAAUAAAAAUGGAAAAUCUUUUUUUUUUU